CAGCGCGGCCGGCGCGUGUAGCGGGUUGGCGGCGGAUCCGGUCGCGCCUCACGCGGCAGCCGCGGGCGCGCGCCGGGCGGGCGGGGAGGGGCGGGGGACGAGCCGGUCCCGCUCCGGUCCCGGUCCCGCGCCCGCCCCGCCGGCAUGGGGCUCAGCUGAGGCCGCCGGUGAGUGCGGCGGCGCGGCAGGUGACUCAGCCGCUGUAUGUAUGAGGUUUGUCCACACACUGGCUCUUCAGACAGAUUAGCUACAUCUUUCUGCCAUCAGCUCCAUCUCAUCUGAAAGAAUUUCUAAUUUUACCUUUUAUUAAGGUCUUCCAUAUCUCAAGUUGAGAAGUUCCAUAUCAUACUAAACAUGGAGAAAGAAGAAAAGAAAUUUGUCAAUAAAGCAGAGGAGGAUGAGAUGGAGAUCUAUGGCUAUGACCUAUGUCGCUGGAAGUUGGUGCUAGUUACUGUAGGAGUGAUCUGUUCUGGUGGCUUUCUCCUCCUCCUCCUCUACUGGAUGCCUCAGUGGCGUGUGAAAGCAACAUGCAAAAGGACUACGCUUAAAGACUGUGAAGUGGUUCUGCUAAGAACAACCGAUGAAUUCAAGAUAUGGUUUUGUGCAAAGGUUCGUGUUAUGCCUUCUUUGGGAGCCAGUCCUUUACAGAAUCCUAACCCUAUCGUCCACAAGGUUUCAAAUGGCCAUGCUGUUCAUGUCUGUGAAUCUGCUGCAGAAAAUAAUAGAAAUUAUUUGAAAAAAUAUUUGCCUAUCCGUUAUUUCACACAUCACAGCGUGAAGUAUUUCUGGAAUGAUUCAGUUCAAAGUUUUGAUGUCGUGCGAGGUCUAGGUGAAUCUACGUUCUGUUCUUCAAUUCACAAUGAACACAGCGCAGGACUGACAAAGGGAAUGCAUGAUUACAGGAAAGCAUUCUAUGGAGUAAAUGAAAUUGCUGUGAAAGUGCCUUCCAUUUUUAAGCUUCUGAUUAAGGAGGUUCUCAACCCUUUCUACAUUUUUCAGUUGUUCAGUGUGAUAUUGUGGAUCACUGAUGAAUAUCACUACUAUGCAUUAGCAAUUGUGAUUAUGUCUGUAAUAUCCAUUGUUAGCUCGCUCUACACCAUUAGAAAGCAAUAUGUUAUGUUACACGACAUGGUAGCAGCUCACAGCAUUGUUAGGGUUUCUGUCUGCAGAGGAAACCAAGAAAUAGAAGAAAUCCUUUCCACCGACCUCGUGCCUGGAGAUAUCAUGUUGAUUCCAUCUAAUGGGACAAUUAUGCCCUGUGAUGCAGUACUUCUCAGCGGUACUUGCAUUGUAAAUGAAAGUAUGUUAACAGGUGAAAGCGUUCCUGUCACGAAGAUUAAUCUGCCAAAUCCUUCAGAAUAUCCGAAAGCAAUGGGAGACGAAAUAUACAGUCCAGAAGUGCAUAAACGACAUACUUUGUUCUGUGGAACCAAUGUCAUUCAAACACGUUUUUAUACUGGAGAACUGGUCAAAGCUCUAGUAGUGAGAACAGGCUUUAGUACAGCUAAAGGACAGCUUGUUCGUUCCAUACUAUACCCAAAGCCAACUGAUUUUAAACUCUACAGAGAUGCCUAUUUGUUUCUCCUCUCUCUGGUAGUGGUGGCAGGCAUUGGGUUUCUUUACACGGUUGUCAAUAGCAUCUUAAAUGAGGUUCCAGCUCAUACCAUCAUCAUCGAGUCUCUUGACAUUAUCACUAUCACGGUGCCUCCAGCACUCCCUGCUGCCAUGACUGCUGGCAUCGUUUAUGCACAAAGAAGGUUGAAAAAAAUAGGCAUCUUCUGCAUCAGCCCACAAAGGAUAAAUAUUUGUGGCCAGCUGAAUCUUGUGUGUUUUGAUAAGACUGGCACACUUACUGAGGAUGGCUUGGAUCUUUGGGGAAUUCAGCGGGUGGAAAAUGCUCGUUUCCUUUUGCCGGAAGAGAGGGCUUGCAGUGAGAGCUUGCUGAAGUCUGAGUUUGUUGCUUGCAUGGCAACUUGUCAUUCCCUUACAAAAAUUGAAGGGGUGCUUUCUGGGGAUCCACUUGAUUUGAAGAUGUUUGAAGCAAUAGGAUGGAUUUUAGAAGAAGCAACUGAAGAGGAAACAGCCCUUCAUAAUCGAAUCAUGCCAACAGUGGUUCGACCUUCAAAACAACUUUUCCCAGAAUCCAAGCAAGCAACAGAUCAAGAAAUGGAAUUGUUUGAGCUUUCGACCGGUUAUGAGAUUGGAAUUGUGCGCCAGUUUCCAUUUUCUUCAGUUUUGCAACGUAUGUGUGUAAUAGCGAGGGUUCUAGGGGAGAAAAGAAUGGAUGCUUACAUGAAAGGUGCCCCUGAAGUGAUUGCCAACUUGUGUAAGCAGGAAACAGUUCCUGUUGACUUUGAGCGUGUCCUGGAAGAAUACACUAAGCAGGGAUUCCGAGUUAUUGCCCUUGCUCACAGAAAAUUGGAGUCCAAGCUUACAUGGCACAAAGUCCAAACUAUUAAUAGAGAUGCUAUUGAAAGCAACAUGGAUUUUAUGGGGUUAAUUAUAAUGCAAAACAAGCUGAAGCAAGAAACCCCUGCUGUACUUGAAGAUUUGCAUAAAGCCAACAUUCGCACUGUCAUGGUUACAGGGGAUAACAUGUUAACUGCGAUCUCUGUGGCCAGAGACUGUGGAAUGAUUCUACCUCAGGAUAAGGUUAUUAUUGCUGAAGCACUACCUCCAAAGGAUGGGCAGGCUGCCAGGAUCAACUGGCAUUAUGCAGACACCCUCGCAAAAUGCACUAGUUCAUCACCAGCCAUAAACUCAGAGGAUAUUCCAGUUAAAUUGGUCCAUGAAAGCCUUGAGGAUCUCCAGAUGACCAAGUACCAUUUUGCAAUGAAUGGGAAGUCAUUUGCAGUGAUUUUGGAACAUUUUCAGGACCUGGUACCCAAGCUUGUGUUACAUGGCACUGUAUUUGCUCGCAUGGCGCCUGAUCAGAAAACUCAGUUGGUGGAAGCCUUACAGAAUGUAGAUUACUAUGUGGGCAUGUGUGGAGAUGGAGCAAAUGACUGUGGUGCGUUAAAGAGGGCACAUGGUGGUAUAUCUUUAUCUGAACUUGAGGCUUCUGUGGCAUCACCAUUCACUUCCAGGACACCUAGUAUUUCCUGCGUGCCAAAGCUGAUCAGGGAAGGCCGUGCUGCUUUAAUAACUUCCUUCUGUGUGUUUAAGUUCAUGGCAUUAUACAGCAUUAUCCAGUACAUCAGUGUUACUCUGCUGUAUUCCAUCCUGAGCAAUUUGGGAGAUUUCCAGUUUCUCUUCAUUGAUUUGGCAAUCAUUUUGGUGGUUGUCUUCACAAUGAGUCUGAACCCUGCUUGGAAGGAGCUUGUUGCGCGAAGGCCUCCAUCAGGUCUUAUCUCAGGUCCACUACUGUGUUCUGUUCUGUCUCAGAUCGUCAUCUGCCUUGCUUUCCAAACCUUUGGGUUUUUUUGGGUCAAACAGCAGUCCUGGUAUGAGCCUUGGACAACGGAAUCUGAUGCAUGUAAUGUAUUGGAUGCUACAAACACCAGCUCUGCGCACCAUGGGAAUGAGACUCUUCAUGAUGAACAUUACAUUAAAAAUUAUGAAAACACAACUCUGUUUUUUAUAUCCAGCUUUCAGUACCUCAUUGUGGCAAUUGUCUUUUCUAAAGGAAAGCCCUUUAGACAACCGUGCUACAAAAAUUUUCUGUUUGUUAUAUCUGUGAUAGUUCUUUACAUCUUCAUAUUUUUCAUCAUGUUGCAUCCUGUUGAAUCUAUUGACGCGUUUCUUGAGCUUGUGUGUGUGCCAUAUGAAUGGCGCCUAAGAAUUCUCGUCAUUGUUAUUCUCAAUGCAAUUGUGUCUGUGCUGACGGAGAAUAUCCUCCUUGAUAUGAUCCUUUGGAAGGUUGUGUUCAAUCGAGACAAACAAGGAGAAUAUCGCCUCACCAUACCCCAGCCGCCUCAGGAGGCUGUGGAUCGCUGUGGAGUCUGCUUCCUUUCUUCCCUGUUUGGUUGUAGAGAGAAGACACCAAAAGCCAAGUAUAUGCAUCUAGCUCAGGAACUGCUGGUUGAUCCAGAAUGGCCACCAAAAGCCAGAACAACAACAGAAGCAAAAGCACCAUCUCCAGAAAAUGGUUCAUAUCAAAUAAUCACUGUAACGUAACAGCGGAUGUUGGUGGCAUGUGUCUUUAGUAGUAUUCAGAAGAAUGUAAUUUCAACGCUUUAUUUGGGAUUGCAGUAUACUAAAUAUCAAAUUCUAAUGCAGAUAUCUCCAACUGUUUUGUCUCUCUGAAUACAAAUUUCAGAGCCAGACAUCUUAUGGCUAUACAUUUUAAAAAUGUAGGUUACCUUAGGCAGAACAAAAAUGAUUGUUUCCUUCUACCUUCUUUCAAAUUUCAUUAUUCCUGAAUGAGAUUUAUUUGAAGGUUUAAACUGCAGGGCAGUUAAAACAGGUUCACAUUAUUGGUCUGAAGCAUCUUAAUCAUUGUUCUAACCUGCUUACCCGGGCACGUGUUCAUGUUAGCCCUAUGAUGUAAUGAUUUCAUGGUAGUACUAGAGGCACAGAAUAACCUUGUUAUGCCUUUUUUUUUUAAUGUAUUCACUAUUGAAAAGCCUCGUGCCUCAGAACGGUUCUAAAGUUUUGGUGUGUGUACCUCUAAGUUUGUCCCUACUAGUAAGGAGUGUUUCCAGGUGUAGAGUUUGGAUUUUAAGUUUUAGUUGUUUAGUCUGCCACAGCAGGAAUUGGGAAUGUUAUAGAAGCAGUAUGCUCUGUCCUUAAGAAGAAAGCACAUUGCUUUCAAGUGGGUUCUUAGCCUCUUUUCUAGCUAACCCCAAGGAAGGGCUUCUUUGGCCUCCAGUGGAGAAGGAGGCAUUUGGCUACACUGUAAAGUUUUUGGAGAAGAAAGACUGGAGAAUCUUAACACUUUCUUUUGUCUCAUGUUUUGUUAUAUUUACCUAUGCAUUUCUCCAGAGACCUUGCUUUUUCCAGCAGAAGGGUUGGAUUAUCCCUUUGUGGACCAUGAUUUAUUUGUAAAUUUUAACAUGAUUUUCCUAUAUACCUUGAAGUAGUAAGGCCAGAGUUACUGCUGCAAGGGAAAUGGGGGUAGGAGGGAGGAUCACAUGCCCACGCUUGGGAUUUGUGCAUGUUAAGAACAUACGCAUUUCAAAGAGUCUGCCGAUGUCUUAAGCGCUAUAUGUAGCUGUAUGAAACAAAAUUAAGAGAACAUAGAUGAGCUAGAAUCUGUCUGGCUGCAGAACUAUAAGGCUUAUGUGGAUUUUAUUUAUUAAAUAAAAAAGAAAAGCUUGCAUCACCAAUAAUGCUGCUUAAAAACUUGGGGUAGUGAUACAUCAUUUUGACAUUAGACGGUGUCAAAACACACCAUCACUAGAAAAAUAGAUCUGCAAAGAUGUAGAGGGCACAGAUCAUCUUCAUGUGCAAAGCUUAAAAGUUUUCUUUGAAAAAAAACCCUCACAAAUUACUUCUCUCCAUCUUCAACUCGUUGAACUGCCAGAAAAGUCUUCUUUAUUGUCUUUGUAAGAUGAUAAAAAUAGCAACUUUUGCUCAGUCUGUUUUGAUCAGAUGCAACUGACGGGUUCGGAUACCUCCAAGCUUUGGAAAGGCAUCUGGGAUCUGUAGUGAUCCUUUAAAGGAGUUGUGGAAGGAGGGCAUGGAACUCCCCAGCCAGCUGGAGUUAGUGUGACUUGUGUGUAUUCUGAUGGAAUUCAAAGUGGUUUUUUUUUUUCAAAUUCCUGUGGAGACUAUUCCAUUCCAGCAUUGUUUAAGUAAGGGGAAUUUUUCAGAUCAGGCCUAGUUGCUUUGUGCUGUUCUGUAAGGCAGUAUGAGCAGUGUCUUCCGCUGCUCACGUUAGGGUUUUUGCAGUGUUGAAUGUGCUGUGCCAGUGGCGAGUUUAAAAGUGAAGCUAAAUGGUUUGGAAGACUUUUUCCUAGAACUUGGGUUUUAAGUUAUUAACACUUGCUCCUCAUAAAUAGUAUGUACGUGGUGUACUAUCCUCCAGUCCAGCUGUCAACUCUUUUCCUGGUAUUUUUUUUUGUUGUUGUUUUUGAGGGGGGGAGCAGGAGGAAGGAGGAAGUGGUUUUCUUAGCAUUUAUUCAACAGGGCAAUGUAAAAGUCUUGUUAUCCUGGCGUCUUAAGGUUAUAAACAUUGAGCAACGUUGAUAGCUUUUAAGGUGUCUGCAAUUGUGGACUUGGAUAAAUUUAUUAAUCAUGAACUUGAGUCAGUUGGCUAAUUUAUGUCAAUGUUGAUUUUACAAAAUCUUUGUAGCAUGGAACAAUUGAUGAAGAAUAAUUCUUAGCUGCGUAAGUAGUAUUCAAAUUGAAAGAAAAAUAAUAUUUCAGUUAAAAUGUUGUGAAGCUAUGCAUCUUGGACCUGGGAGCUGUGACUUAUCCUUAAAUGCAUAAGCUUUUGCUUUCUAUUUCAUUUUAGCUUCGUUCCAUCAGAAGUGAAAGAAAAUAUUUGUCUUUGCCUCUUAUGCCUUUGCUUAAUACUUUCUCUAAACUGAUAAUUUCUCUGGGUUUUUUUGGUUUCUGAAGCUGGUCUUUCGAUCUUAUUCUAGUUUUUUAGACUUGUCUAGAAAGUGAGGAGGAAACGGGUUAUUAAGGUGAGCUUGUCUUUUUGGAGAGCAUUUUAGGGAACUCUUACUAAAAUGGUAUUGCCAAGUGUCUCCACUUGAUUGACUAAUGGUCAUGAGCCCAUUAAACUUCAGUAUUUUGCAGACGGGAGCUAGUUUCCUCAAGGUAUGCGUUUAGAGUUAGUAAAUGCUCUUGAGGUUGCAUGCUUGAGCUCUGACCUAUUUGCUUCUGAUGCUUAGUCAAGAAUAAUAAAUCAGCUUUUCUGAGAACUCCUUCUUGUUGUUGCAAGAUCAGCCACAAAAUAAGCUUUUGCAUCUUCUGCAGUUAUUGGGAUUUAUGCCUUCCUGCCCAAGAGCUGAGUUUGGCCACCUAUAAGUUUUCUCAUUUUGAGCAGUUCAGUUUUUCUGGCUUUCAGAAAUGCAGCAAAUGAUCUGCCCUAGCGUAUUCAGUUUCUGCUUUUAAGUAAGAUGAAAUUCAGUUUGUUAUGAAAAGAAUCUCUUCUAAUAUUCAUCUUGAAGUCUAAAUUCAGGUGAACAGACCAUUUUAGUGAUCUCCACUAGAUACUCGGUAGACAUUUUCUUCCUGCUGUAUAUUUUGGCCUUACAUUGAGGAGUUUGAUUUAUUAUUAAAUUAUUUGUGUAUGCAGACUGUAUUUUACUUUGAUGUAUUAGGGUUUGUAAAUAUUACUGAUUUUUAAAUAUUAUUUAUGCACAUACUUAAAGGACUGGUCUACUCAGAAAAGCAAUUGCUAGAUAAUAAAUGUUACUUUUUAGAAAUAAAUGGCAAGAUCAUUAAAUUGUAUAUCCCUCAGGGUUAUUUUUUUAAAGUUUUUUUCCUCUUCCCUUCAGAUUUAAUUAGCAGUAACUCUAGUUUCAUGUACUAUAGAACUAAAUCUACUGUAAAGAAAAUGCUGCAAAUAAUGCUUGAGUAGAAGCAGCUAAAACACCCACAGAACUGACUGUCCAUAUUCAUCAUAACUUUAAAUUGGAAACUCUUACUGUUGCACUUUUAAAAAGUCGAAUUUUUAAUUCUAUUUAUUUUUUUGUUUCUUCAUGAGGGUUGUGCUGAACAGUCAUCCCAAAUUGGGUGAAUAAUCCUGUACUGUAUAUGUGCAUACAGUAUAAUGCUAAGCAGAAGUGGAGUCCUUUUUAUGCUGCAAAAUUUUAAUGCUUAUGUUGGUCAUCACAAAAUGAGAGAGCUCAAGUUCUUUAGGAUUUCUCCCAUGAAAUUCUGAAAUGUAAACUUAGGGUUUUGUAUGUCUGAGGGAAAGCUGUGGGGUUUUGACAAUUUUUAGAGUCUUGAAUAUUUUGAUUUUAUACAGUAAAACUUCAGGUUUUUAAAGCUAUUUUCAACAAACUGCAGCUUGUUUGAUAAUUAUGUGAACCAGAAACUACUCAGUUUGUCACGAAUUCCUCAAGCCUAACACAGAUUAAAAGGUUCAUCAUUACAGUGCUCUCUAGAAUCUCGGCUUCCUUUUAAUUUUGAAAUUGGAAAUGCUACUACAUCUUUAUAUUUAAAAUAUGUAUUGCUGCUCUAGAAUGGUACCCUGUUGUCAAGAGGCAUACAUAAAUAACUGUACAAUAGAAUUGUAAAUAGACUUGUAAAUCAUUUUUGUGACUGAAGCUCUUUGAAAAUAAAAUUAAAAUGAACAGA